GGCCGGUAUGGAGAGACGGGUAGUCAUUUACAGGCGGUCGUGGGGUGGAGGAGGUUGCGGUGUGAUGAGUUUGACGUCGAUGGCCUGAAGGGAGGCUUGACAGAGGGCUGAGGUCGAUGCGAAAGCGUGAGCAAGCUGUGCCCGGCCAUCCGUCCGUGGCUUGCUGCAGGGUCUUGUGCCGCCGCCGGCUAAACGGAUGAGCGAUGGGGCUAGCGCAGGCGGGCCGUGCUGGUAGCGAUGACGAGCCAGGAACGGAAUUGAUUAGUCGCCGAGCAUACCGAGAACUAAGCACGGCACUCACAUCACUCUGCUUUGAAAUCACUUCUUGGCUCCCUCACGGCUCAGCAUCGCUGCUCGCCCCAACCGUGCUCGGCCUGCCUAUCUGUGGGCCUGCUGUGCCUCUACUCAUCGCCCACCUUCCUUGCCUUGCCGAAUGCGUGGCUCACAUCUCCAACUUCGGGCACAGCUGUGGGACUAGCUGUGGAGGCGGGAGUCUGAGCAGCGUCCGUCUUGAUGGUGCUUGUCGCAGCGGCCACGUUGAUGGGCUGGUGCUUGACCUCGGCGGCGGCCACGGACGUUGGGGCGGGAGGAGCUCGCAACGCCGAACGGGGCCCGAAGGAGCGAACGGCCGUGGAGCGGAGGGAGGCUUGAACAGAGCGAGAGAAGAACAUCGUGACUUGGUGGUAGUGGUGGGUGGAGUUGUGUGUUGGUGGUAUGGAAAGAAGGUAGAGAGGGGGCCUGAGACGCUAUUUGAUAUCUUCGAGGCUCGCUGAUUGCUCCCGCUCCACUCGACGCGCUUGUGCUUGAUGUCGGACUGCCGGCAGCUGGGCCAAGAACCUGGGGACCCCAUCGCAAGCAAGCCCAGGUUCGAGAUUACAUUUCGCCGCCGCCCCCUGCACUGCUCCAAGCCUCAGCCUCA